AUGGCUAUCGUGAAAUGCGGAAGGUGUGAUCAAACAUAUUCCAAGGCCGAGCAUUUGAAGCGUCAUCAACGAUCCCGUGAGUCUUCCACCGUGAUCCUGGUGCCGAUGGCGAAACGGAAGCUUGACGUGGACAGAUACGAAAGAGCGCCCAUAUCAAUGUUCACGAUGUCCUUCGCCGGCACCAAAAGAAUCACCCGAGAUCCCGUCGAGAAAAGAACGCCGCCGCCUCGAACAAGCAUUAUGAGCUGGGCCCACACUUACGAGACUCUGCUGAUUCAGCGUCGCAAGGUAUCACUGGCGCUGUCGCGUUCGCACCGGAGAAGCAUCAAUUGGAAGAUUCAACCUCAUCUUCGACGUCAGCUAGAGGCGCCAGGACCAUCCCAACGGCAAAUGAAGAUGAUGACGAAGCACCCUCUAGAGCUGAUCGACAAAUGCCACGGCAAGUACAGUUUAAUAUCGUGGAUUGAUCAACAGUUCGAGCUUGCGGCAUUCGCAACGAGUGGCAGCAUUGCUUCGCCUGUGCUCAUGCCAUUCAGUCGCCGCGGACAAAACAAUCCGUUCACUGAUGAGGUAGACGUGGUGCAUCGCUUUGCAACAGAGACUCAGAUCCGCGGCCUGGCAAUGGACAUAUCGACAGAAAUGGGAGAUAUGUGGCACUUUCAGUACGACCCUGGCUCAAUCGGCCCAUUACCAGACAUCUGGACCGGCUUGCCGCUCCCUACAUUAACCGAUCUAUCCAGCUUGAGACCGUUCAGCCCAGAAGCAAACUGUCCGCUAUCCGGAAACCUGGACGCCAGCGAUGAAUUCACGCGUUCCGGGUCGAAUCAGAGAUUCGAAGAGAUUCAGUCCCACUGGCACUCGCGCUCGAGUAGAAAUAUUCGCCUGAUGACCACUCUUUGGCACGACUUGGCGCUCUCAAAGGGCAUCAAUAUCUACUGCAAAGAAGUCGAUGAUAAAGUGUCGAGCCCUGAGGGCGCGCAGAAUCGAGUAUCAAGAUGGGGUUUCGGCGAUGACUGCCGCCAACACAUGCAGCUCACGCUCAACAGCCUGACUCACCACGAGGGCGUUCACACUCCGCAGUCUCUCGAUUCUUCCGACGCUGAGCACGGAUCCCGAUCGUACCACUGUGUGUCUUACAGAACGGGGGAGAUAGUAUUCCCUCCGACAGAAACUUGUGAAGUCGCGCUCGAGGUCUAUUUCCACCAGUUUCAUCCAGCCUUGCCGGUCCUCCAUCUACCCACCUUCUCCGCGCAAGGGGCACCUUUUCCGUUGCUUUUCGUCAUUUGCCUGCUUGGCUUCAGUAUCUUGGGUACACCCAGCACCACGGAACUGGUUUCCAAUUGCUUUCCGACGUUGGUUCAGCUUGUGUCCACAGAGCUCCAGUCGACCGCGGCCGGGAGGGAUUCUCCAGCCGAAACACUGACAGUACUGGUCACAGCACUGCUGACGCUGAACUUGGCUCUGAUCGCCGGACAAAAUCCACGAUUCAUGGCGGAAGCCGAAAUGCUCUACAUUAAUCUGAUUUCCUUGGCUCAAUGGCACGGCGUAUUCUCUCCAAACGAUGCUAUCUCUCCCAAAGAAAUCCUGGAGGGAAUAUCCGACCGGGAGGAACGGUGGCACACGUGGGCCAAGUUCGAAUGCAUUAAACGCCUGGUCAUCGGGCUCAUCGAGAUCGAUGAUUGGUGUUCCGACUAUUUCUCAACCCAUCCCGUGGUCCGUUCGGACAACAUCCAAUUACUGCCGCCGUCCGACGACAGGCUCUUUCACGCCCCUACCGCUGACGACUGGCUACGCCUAUCUCAAACCGGCAGGCUAGCAACUCCACUCUGCGUAGCCGUAUCUCUAGACUCAUCCGCAAUGGAUCUACAUUCUACGUCCUUACCCGCCAUGCUAACAUACCUCCAGCAUCUGACAUACGAAUCCAACCAUCUUUUAAUCACAUCCAGCAAUCAACACGGUAAGAGCCCGUGCCUGGAGCCGUGGCGGAUGCACACGAGACCAGCAGAUACAACAACUGCGUCCACUCUGGCCCACCAUCUCAGCUCACUGCCAUCGACCAGCGGCUCCAACGCGCUACAGCAAAUCGACAUUAACGGCGUUAUCACAUGGCAUGUAUGCUGCCUCAUGCUGACCGCGAACGUACAACUGUUCGAAGACGCGGCCGGCCGCCGCGGACCAACAGCCGUUCCGACGGCGCUACAAACCAUCGCGCGCUGGGCCACCACACCGACUGCGCGACGCGCCGUCGUCCACGCAGCACAGGUCUUCAAAGUGCUCUUCCAUCGCCGCGUCUCCGACGUCGUCAGCGUGCACACCGUGGUGGCCCUCUUCAAGGCGGCCCUGAUUCUGAGCUUCUACCUGCUCACGACAACCCGCGCCAUGACGUCCUUUUCCUCCUCUUCCGGCCAAGACGGACCGCUGGAGUUGUUCGACGACAUCGACUGGUCGCGCACGGGGAAUCUGGGCAUGGCGGAUCACAAUAAUGUGCGCCUCGGGCCGGACGCCAGAGACCCCGAGAUCGAUCGCAUCGGCCGCUUCAUCAUAGCCGGCGGCCCGUUCAGCAUCACCGGCGUUGUCCACCAUCCCGGCCUCUCGUCCUGUCGACGCGUCUUGCUGCACGCCGCCGACCUGAUGCAGACAUUGGGGAAGUGGAAGUCGUGUCGAUUUUCUGAGAUCUUGCAUCUGUUGACGCGUGACUCGGGUGAAUAG